AUCGGUUAUCGGCCACCAUAUGACUUUUUCCAGACGCGACGAGUUACAGAAUUACAGAAUAAGUUAAUUAAAGUGAGUUUUCCGCCAACCACGCUGCCGUUCUUCGAUGUCCCCAUCUUGAGAACUCCCAGCCGGAUCGUGUCGAUGUGCUAGCCAGCGGCGAGAUGGCGGGCAUGGAGGUAGAAUUCGACGAGACGGUGGUCAAUCAGUUCAGCUGCAAGCGCUGCGACCGCACCUUCAAGAGCAAGCGGGACCAGACGCUGCACCGGCAGGAGGUGCACAACCACAACAAGACCACCUACGAGUGCAAGCUGUGCGCCAAGAGCUUCUGCAACUCGGGCAACCUCGAUCGCCACAUGAAGGUGCACAACGAUGUGCGGCCCUUCGUGUGCAACAUCUGCUCGAAGGCCUUCGCCCAGGCUGUGAACCUGCAGCGCCACUAUGCGGUGCACAGCGGGGAGCGGCCCUUCACCUGCAACUUCUGCAACAAGUCCUUCACCCAGCAGAGCAACAUGAAGCGCCACAAGAUGACACACACGGGCGAGAAGCCCUUCCGCUGCCAGCGAUGCGGACGGUACUUCUCCCAGCUGGUCAACCUCAAGAAGCACAAGCUGGGCCACCUCAACGCCAAGCCCUACCAGUGCAACUACUGCGAGAAGGGCUUCACCCAGCUGUCCAACUUCAAGCGCCACCUGCAGUCGCACAUCAAGGAGGGCGUCGACGUGGACGUGUCCGCCUCCAUCCAGCAGGCGGCCGCUUUGGCCAGGGAGCGGCUCGAGGCGGAGCAGAAACCAAGCUUCUUCGAGUGCAUGGUUUGUCGGGCCAUCUUCGAUACGUUCGCCGACUACGAGAAGCACGAGACCAAGUGCCAUGAGGACCACGAGCGGGCCCAGCUGGAGGUGAAUCAGAUGUCCCACAUGCAUCCCGACGACUAUUUGCCCAUGAAGUUCGCCGUGCCCGAUCUGGAUACGCACGAGAUCAUAAUUGAGACUACACAUUAGAGAUGGCGAUAAUGUUAAACAAGAAACCAUAUAGAAAACACAAAAAUCAACUCACACCUACACAUACAAAUAGCGGCAGUUGCGUCUGGAAGAUAGAUUGUGAAGAAUAUUGCAUUGAAUAUACAGAUAUGAAUAGAUAUGCAGGCCAACAUAGUUCUCCAUUGAAUUACGUCAAUAAAUGCAAUAAAUAUAUGCAGAAAA